AUGAAAUUCCUUCUUCUGAUUUUGACCGUUACCCUGCUCCUGGCCCAGGUCACCCCAGCCAUGAAGUGUUGGAGUAAGCUGGGAAGCUGCAGAACAAAGUGUGAAGAGAAUGAACUGUUCUAUAUAUUAUGCAGGGAUGAGACUAUGUGCUGUGUAGAUCCCAAGUACGUACCUGAGAAAAACGGUAAAUCCUCAAAUGCAUCUGGAAGAUUGGCAUAA